GGAGGAGGCGAGGGGCUGGGAGAAGUCACGCAUGAUGUGAUGUGAUGCUCCCCUCCUCCCAUGUUCCUCGAGUUGCUCCUCGCCCCGGACAGUACUCGAGGUUAGUAUUGCAGGUGUAUAAGGUAUCUCCUUCCCCCUCCUUCCUGACCUCUUUACCCCUCCCCCAUCCCCAUACCACACUGCCACGCCGCACGUGAAACCUCUUGUUUUCAUCUCUUUGAAAGGGUCUACCUUUCUUGUGCCAUCGUGGCCUACAUUGAACUCUGUUCCCCUCGCCUGCGCCUGUUCCUCCCUCGCGAGCUGCUUCCGGCCCUCCCGAGCUCUGCGUCUUGACUGACACUCAAACCAACCCCGCUAAAGGCCCCCACCACAGUUGCUUUAGCUGGCCUCCCACGAGGCAGAUUCGCAUUGAAAAAGGGCCCGACGUCCUGACCACGCGGUGCAGGCGCUGAGAUUUCGUUCCGUGGAACCCACAGAGCAGCAGCCAUGGCGACAGAACAGUCACGAUUGCCCACUCGGGAGCGUCGCCCCUCAACCGGAGCUCCGAUUGUGGAUAUCCAGGGCGCCGUGGGUCCUGCCGGCAUAUCGCGGCCCAAGCACAAGAGAACCUCCACCGGCCUGGGACCUGGGGAGAUCAAGAUCGUUGAAGCAUCCAUACCCGAACCCCAGCGCGAGGCCUGGAAGCGAAACCAGCCAGAGGACUUCAAGGACAAGGAUGGGUUCGAGAGGGCCGUCGUUCGCCAUGUCGAGACCACCCUCGCCAGGAGCAUGUUCAACUGCGACGAGUCGGCGGCGUACUCAGCCACCAGCCUCGCCAUUCGCGACCGCCUCAUCACCGGAUGGAACAAGACGCAGCAGCGCCAGACGUACAGAGACGCCAAGCGCGUCUACUACCUGAGCUUGGAGUUCCUGAUGGGACGCGCUCUGGACAAUGCCAUCCUCAAUGUUGGGCUUAAGGAUGUAACCAAAGCUGGUCUUGCGGACCUUGGCUUCAGAAUGGAGGACAUCAUCAGCCAGGAGCACGACGCUGCUCUUGGCAAUGGUGGCCUGGGCCGUCUGGCGGCAUGCUUCCUGGACAGCCUUGCCUCACUUAACUACCCGGCUUGGGGGUAUGGCCUUCGAUACAGAUACGGAAUCUUCAAGCAGGAGAUUAUCGACGGCUACCAGGUCGAGGUGCCGGACUACUGGCUGGAUUUCAAUCCCUGGGAGUUUCCCCGCCAUGACGUGACUGUGGAUAUCCAAUUUUUUGGCCAUGUCAACAAAACUAUUAAUGAUCAAGGAAAGACGGUGUCUGUAUGGGAGGGCGGUGAGACUGUUGUGGCCGUCGCCUACGAUGUCCCGAUCCCCGGAUACGAUACUCCGACCACCAACAACCUCCGCCUAUGGUCCAGCAAGGCAUCGGGGGGCGAGUUCGACUUCCAAAAGUUCAACAAUGGCGACUACGAGAGCUCCGUGGCGGAUCAGCAGCGUGCCGAGACAAUCAGCGCCGUGCUGUAUCCCAACGACAACCUGGAGCGCGGCAAGGAGCUUCGACUGAAGCAGCAGUACUUCUGGGUCGCCGCCUCGCUCCAUGACAUCGUCCGCCGCUUCAAAAAGUCCAAGCGCCCCUGGAGCGAGUUCACCGACCAGGUCGCCAUUCAACUGAAUGAUACGCACCCGACGCUGGCCAUCGUCGAGCUCCAGCGCAUCCUCAUCGACGUCGAAGGGCUCGAAUGGGACGUUGCGUGGGAUCUUGUCACCAACACGUUUGGCUACACUAACCACACAGUGCUCCCCGAGGCGCUGGAGAAGUGGCCCGUCGGCCUCGUCCAGCACCUUCUCCCGAGGCACCUCCAGAUCAUCUACGACAUCAACCUCUACUUCUUGCAAAAGGUCGAAAAGGCGUUCCCCAAGGACAGGGACAUGCUUCGGCGGGUGUCCAUCAUCGAGGAGUCGCAGCCCAAGAUGGUGAGGAUGGCGUACCUGGCCAUUGUCGGAUCGCACAAGGUCAAUGGCGUCGCCGAGCUCCAUUCGGACCUGAUCAAGACGACCAUCUUCAAGGACUUUGUGCAGAUCUACGGGCCCGACAAGUUUACCAAUGUGACCAACGGCAUCACCCCGAGACGCUGGCUGCACCAGGCCAACCCACGCCUGGCGGAGCUCAUCGCGUCCAAGUGCGGCGGCAACUCGUUCCUGAAGGACCUGACGCAGCUCAACAGGCUGGAAGCGCACGCCAAAGACCCCAACUUUCGACGGGAAUGGGCCGAGAUCAAGUAUGCCAACAAGGUGCGCCUCUCGCGGUACAUCAAGGAGGCGAAUGGCGUAACGGUCAAUCCAGCGGCCUUGUUCGACGUCCAGGUCAAGAGAAUCCACGAGUACAAGAGACAGCAGCUCAACAUCUUUGGCGUGAUCCACCGGUACCUGGCCCUCAAGGCCAUGAAGCCCGAGGACAGGAAGAAGCAGCUGCCCCGUGUAUCAAUCUUUGGCGGCAAGGCCGCGCCCGGCUACUGGAUGGCCAAACAGAUCAUCCAUCUCAUCAACGCGGUCGGCGCUGUUGUGAACAAGGACGAGGAUAUCGGCGAUCUUCUCAAGGUCAUCUUCCUGGAGGACUACAACGUCAGCAAGGCUGAGAUGAUCUGCCCCGCCUCGGAUAUCAGCGAGCACAUCUCGACGGCCGGCACAGAGGCUUCGGGAACUAGCAACAUGAAGUUUGUUCUCAACGGAGGGUUGAUCAUUGGAACCUGCGACGGCGCCAACAUUGAAAUCACCCGGGAGGUUGGCGAGAAUAACAUAUUCUUGUUUGGCAACCUUGCAGAAGACGUAGAGGACCUUCGCCACGCACACAAUUACGGCUCCCACUCGAUCGACAGCGACCUGGACAAGGUGUUUGGUGAGAUCGAGAAAGGGACCUUUGGAGCGCCCGACGACUUUGGGGCCCUGAUCGCGGCCGUGAGGCAUCACGGAGACUACUACCUGGUGUCGGACGACUUCCACAGCUACAUUCAGACGCACGCACUCGUGGACGAGGCGUACCGAAACCAGGACGAGUGGGUGUCCAAGUGCAUCACGGCGGUGGCACGCAUGGGUUUCUUCACCAGCGACCGAUGCAUCGACGAGUACGCAGAAAGCAUCUGGAACGUCGAGCCUCUUGUCGUUCGGGAGUAGUAGCGCUUGACGAUUACGAUGGGUGUGCCCCGGUUGCGAGGAAGGAAGGGAAGCCGGGUAGAAGGAAGAGACUGUUUGACGAAUACAUGAUUGUCUGACUUAUAUUUGAGUCAGUCGUGCGAGGAGGGUGGAAGUUUGCUUUAACAUGGAGGAUACAUGGAUGGCAACGGAUUGUCGUUUAAACCUCAUACUACAACAGAUACAUGUCGAAAGCCGCUGCGUGAUGUGGCGGACAUGGCUAACAGAACACGUACAAAGCGUCUUUUGUGGCAGUAGUGUUGGCGGUGCUAAGUCAGUGCGGCGGUUUGGACGAUGUUGCCAGCGCACAGACGGACAGACAGACGGGCAGGCAGUCGGGCGGUCGAACGGACGGACGGCGUUGACCUGUUAGGCACUGGUACAUACGUGCAUGCCGCAGUGGCUGUGCAGCAGGAACCAGGUCAAGCGUUUAGCCCCGGCCUGGGGCGGAGGAGAAGCUCCUCCUCGAGCGCCCUGGACCAGGCCAGGCCAGGCGGGGAUCGGGGUUUUUGCGUCGAUUGCCUGCGGCCGGGGCGAUGCGCGAGGGGG